AUGAAGACCAUGCAUCUUUCAGCAAUUCUCGUGGGACUUUCUUCUCUGGUGUCUGCUGGAACUUUUCCAAAUGCUCCCCACGUCUUUGCGUAUCCCAAAGACCCAGGGAACUUUCAACCUGCCCACCCGGACAGGCCCCAUGGUCGGGUCUGCAAGGUGACACCGGAUGCAACCGACUCUGGACCGGCUAUCCUCGCGGCAGCACACAAAUGCAAUCGUGGAGGGACCGUAUUUUUGCCACCUGGUGACUUUGUGAUUGCCACGGCACUAGAUCUGACUUUUCUUGAGGAUGUGGAUUUUGCUAUAUGGGGAAACAUUACAUUCAAGCAAGAUCUUGAACUCUGGCCCACGCAAGCGUUCCAGUAUUCUUAUCAAAGUGCGAGUAUGUUUUGGCGAUUCGGAGGAACUAAUGUCAACAUCUACGGUGAUGGAAAGGGUGUUAUUGAUGGAGCCGGUCAGUUUUGGUGGAGUGCAAUGGCCAAGAACUCGAGCGUUAUGCGUCCCUGCCUCCUAGGCACGGAUGGUCUUCACCAUGCUACCGUCACAGGACUCACAAUGCUCAACCCACCCGGGUGGUUCAACCUAAUUUCUAACUCAACCAAUGUCCUUGUGAGCGAUAUGACCAUGCUUGUCGGUAGCCAACUGACUGGAGCCCCAGCAAAGAACACCGAUGGCUGGGAUAUUUAUCGGAGCUCGAACAUUGUCAUUCAGAACUCCAAGAUUGUCAACACUGAUGACUGUGUCUCAUUCAAGCCCAAUUCCACUCAAGUGGUUGUCCAAGGCCUCGACUGCACUGGAUCACACGGCAUCUCCGUCGGCAGCCUUGGGCAGUAUCAGGACGAAACGGACUUAGUCGAAGACUUAUACAUCUACAAUAUUAGCAUGACAAAUGCAGGGGACUUUGCCAGAAUCAAGGUUUGGCCUGGAGUUCCUCCUAAUGUUACAGGAUCCACGACCGGUGGUGGACUCGGCCUUGUCCGCAACGUGACCUAUGAGAACCUGUACAGUGUAAACAACGAUCAUGUUAUCUCUGUGUCGCAGUGCUAUUAUGCCAAGAAUCAAUCCGUCUGCAACGAAUAUCCGUCAAAAUUGGUCAUCGAGGACAUUUUGUUCAAAAGUUUCGCAGGAACCACAUCGAAAAAGUAUGACCCGCAAAUCGGCGACUUGACUUGCAGUAGUCCUGAUGUCUGUCACAAUAUCGAGCUGGUGGGCAUUAACGUUACUCCUCCGAGCGGCAAGUCGCCCGUCUUCAACUGUGUCAACAUGCAGGGCUCAAACCUGGGGAACAUUACUUGUGCCUAA